AUGUCGAAAGAAUUAGUGAAUAUUGACGGGAAUGUUAAAAGAGUUCAGAAGGAAAACCUAACACCAUACAAAGUUGCUAUUGUUAUGUUGAUAAAAGAAUAUUGCAAUGAAAGUCGUAAAGCUAUCGUGGUAAGACGUGAUUUUUGUUUAGCAGCAGUAAAGUUGAUUCAGUCACCCGAUAUGGAAUUGUAUACCUUAUUAAAUAUAUUAUAUAGUAGCGAACAUAUUUAUUCUUUUGGACACGAGUUAGAACUUCAAUUAAAUACAUUGUUAGAGAAAGGUAUUGAAGGAUUGUUAGAUUUAUUCGAUAAUCUUGGAAGAUUAAUGAAAUCUACGUUAGAUCAUGCUAUUGCUGUGCCUUUACUAAAUAAAAAUUCUGUUCUCGGGUUAUAUGUAAGAAGAAUAAUAAUAUUUUUUGAAAAAUUGCCCUUCGAUCAAUCCAUUUUGUUAUAUGAAGAUCUUAAGAACUAUGCUAAGAAUAAAUCUAAGAGCCCUAAAAAUACCGAAGUAUCCACUUGUUUAAAUUUUGACGAACCCUACAUUUACAAUGAUAAAAGUACUACCGUAUGGAGUGGAAGGCAAGCAGAAUUAUUAGUCGCACAGCAAGCGAAUGCAUUAAAAAUGGAUGAACACAAGGCAAUGUCACCGGUUGAUCUACAAAUUCUUAUAAAGAAACUUCUCCGCUCUAGUCCUUAUUACGCAGAAGCUCAUUAUCUGAGCUAUUUGAAUUGCUUACGCAUAAACGAAUACUGCAGUGCAAUAGAUAGUCUUUAUCAUUGUUUCGACAGAUUAGCACCAUCCGAAAAUCGUUCUACCCCUGAAGACAAAUCGAGGAUGCUGAGAUAUGCAGCCUUAAAUCUUGCAGUACUCCAUGCUCAUUUUAAUCAUAAGAAAGUAGCGGAAGAAGCUUUGAAAGAAGCUAUUAUGAUGGCACAAGAAGCAGGGGAUAAUGUUUGUUUGCAGCUGGCGCAUGCUUGGAUGUAUUACCUCACCAGUAAUAAGAAAGGUCCUUUAAUAGAAAGAUCUCUUGGAAAAGCUAGUAUGUUAGGAAUUACAUAUACCACGGGCCUAGGAUUAAUUGCUCUUUCUCAUUAUUCUGCUUUGGAAGCUAAGCCUCCUUCUCAAAUUUUUGAGACAUUAAUGAAAUCGGAUGUGUUGAAUUGUCAACAUUCUAUGAUUGAUCUAAUGUCAUUGACUUAUUCUGAAAAAUCAGCACUCUGGGCGUAUUAUGGAAAAAUGGAACUCUCUUCGGUUUGUUCGCAACUUCUUCUUUUGCAUAAUUCAGGAAGUAAAAAGCAAAAUAUAUUCAAUGGAACUUCAACUUGUCAAGCUGUUGUAAACGUUGCUAAUAUUUUAGUAGAGUUUGGCGAAUACAAUCUCGUCGAUAUAAUAUUAGCUCAUGCAAAAGAAAGAUUUCCCAAUCAUCCGUCGAACAAGACGUGGAUGUUGUGCGAACAAUUAUAUGAAUUUACAAAAAUGAUGAGACGCGAAAGGUGGAGCGAAGCUGAUGCAAUAGCUUCUCGCAUAUCUAGUUUAGAUCCAUUGGAAUCUAAAUUUAGGCAAGCAGAAGUUUCUUUAGCCAAAGGAGAUUAUCCAAAUACUUUGCAUUUAAUCGACAGUAUCGAAAAGGUCUCUGAUAUAACAGCAGAAAAUCGAGUACGCGCUAUGAUUCUUUUGAGUCAAAUAAUGUGUGCAUCUUUCUUAUCAGGAAAUGAAACAGUGGGAAUCAAUUCGUUAGUGAUUCUUAACAAAGCAUUGGAAUUAGCUACCCAUAAUCAUUUAUCCUAUUAUGAAGCUCUUAUCAAAAUGCAUCUGGCAAAUAUACAAUUACUCAUGGGGCUACCUUCAUUGGCAAUGAACUUAGUCGAUGAAGCUAUCACGCAUACGUUAGCUCAUGGCGGAUGUUAUGAACAAGGGAGAGCACUUAUUUUGUAUGCUAAAUGUUUAGUUGGUACUGCUACCUCGACUUUGACAAAAUUACGAAAGGAAAUAAUCUUAAAUGCUAUUAAAGCGUUGUCUAAAGCAAAGGAUCACUUCAACAAAGUCGAAGCAUUUGGUAAAAUACGCAAUGUAUUGAGUUUACAAAGUAUAAUGUACAAUGAGAUAGAUAUGAAAUUUGAACGGAAUCAGUGUUCAUUCGAAUUACGCCGGUUUGAGGAACAAUUUCCUACAAAAUUAGAUAAUAUUUGUUUAUAUUAAAACGUAAUAGAGAUUUCCGAAUUCUAAAAUAGUUGUUUAUACGUUUGCUUUUUAAUCUAUUUCUCGAAAAUCUUGUUAAUUUUAAUUGAAUCCAAGUUAAAAUUGUUUUCAUUGUAAUUUUAUCCUUAUCGGUGUGUUAGUUAGUCACAUUUUACGACAACGGUACUUUGGCGCUGCGAUCGUCUGCCAUGUGUCAUGUGGAAAGUGACAAUCAUAUUUAUUUGCAUAUUAAUCGAAAUUAGCUACAACCUAAUGAGAAUCGUAAUAAAAAAGCUGACGACCGAUAAGGGAAUAUACACAGUGUAAAAAAGUAUUAUCUAAGGUUUAUUUGUGCUUUAUAUAUAUGUGAGAUAAGAAAUUUAGCAUGUAUGUAUGCACUGGACAAUGCUAGAUUUUCUUAAGGAAAAAACUAAAAGAAAAUGGAGACAACUUCCUGUGAAUAAGUGUUGUUUCUUUAUGAGCAAGCAAAUGUUAAACAAAACACAACGAUUUUGUCAAGUUUAUAUUUCAAUAUGUUAUCAAUUAAUCAUUUCAAUAGCAGAUGUUUUUGAAAAAAAAAAAACAUGAUCGGAAAAAGACGAGAAAUAAUUCAAUAUCGCUCUUUUUAUUUUAUGUUGAGAAAAGCCAAACAAAAAGCCAACAGCAAUAGCGUUUGUUUUAAUAUUAUAUUAAGAGAAAAAGAUCUCAUCUAUAAUUUGUAUACCAAAUGAAAAAGGUGUUUAUCUACCAAUACGUUUUGAUAAACAUCAAUGUUUUUUAAAUGACAAAUAUUACUUUCAAUUAAAUAUUUUUUGUUUCUUCUUAAAAUUGUUCAUAUAUUUAAUAUUUGUAUAAUAGUAUUUUAUAAAAUAUUAUUACACACACACACACACAUAUACAUACAUAUAUAUAAUAUGUACAACGUAAAAUGUAUUUAUCAUGAUUAUAUACUUUUCUUGUAUAUAAGAGUCUGAAAAGAUUAUGAGUUCGCCAUUAAUUGUUCGUAUUGUUCAAAUUAAUUAGAAUUUUGUCGACAUGAAAAUUGAAAACUCAAAUGGUUAAUAUUAUUAUAUGCGUGUGUGUUUAUGUGUUUUAUUAAAAUGAACGUUUUGGAAAUAAAACAAAGGAAGUACCAAUAAGUAUGUUUCGAUAAUUGAAGAAUAGUAUAAAUUGAGCGAGCGGUAAGGAAAGAACUUUAGGGUUUUAUAGAAGCAAUUAGAGGUUUCAGAUAAGUAUAUCGAAAUUUCUUUUAAAGAUUAUAACGAGUUGUGCGUAUUAUUGUCAGAAUUUCACUUUAUUUGUGAAAAUCUAUUAUUCACAUUAUUUAUAUUUCAAUAAAUUUAAUUCUACAUAUAUAUUGUUUAGAGAAACUGUUAACAGUGAUAAGAUUAAGAAUAAUAUUACAUAAUUAUUGUACUAUACUAAUAAUUCUUACUAGCGAGUCGUUUUAUUUUUCGUUGUGAUUAAAGUUCAAUUUGUGUUUCGGGAACAAAUAUAGAAUUUAAUUUAUGUUA